GCCUCCCGGUAAUCCGGGCGGUAAUCCCGGCCGUAAUCCCUCAGCAGGCACGGAGCGGCCCCCUCAGGCGGGUCCCUGCCGAGCAGCGCUGUGGUGGAGGGAGGCAGAAGGGGGGCAGGACGGUGCCGAGGUAGCGGCCGUUGCCUCAGCGGCCCUGUCCGUGCCAACAGCAGCCGGCACCGGCGGGACCAUGGCAGCUGCGGACACCUCGCUGUUGGCGCCCUGAUCCGCAGCUCAAGGCCGAGGUCGGAGCCGCCUGCACCGAGCGUCUGCGUGGUUUGCCUCGGUACCUAACAAGUUUUGGUAGAAGCUUGUUUCUGAAAGACUGGAAAGGAAUAAAGAACAUAAUGACUGCUUUGGACGAUAAACUUAUUGGCGAGAAGCUCCAGUAUUAUUACAGCAGUAGUGAGGGUGAGGAUGAAGACAGUGAGAAAGAAGAUAAAGAAGGGGAGAGCUCCAUUCCUGAAAGUGUUGGGGAAAUAGAGCUUAGCAGUGAUGGAAGUGCAGUUAACACAGGUCCGAAAGGAGUCAUUAAUGACUGGCGAAGAUUUAAACAACUGGAGACAGAACAGAGACAGGAGCAGCGCAGAGAAAUGGAACGACUCAUAAAGAAGUUAUCUAUGUCUUGUAGGUCUCACUUAGAUGAAGAGGCUGAUAAGCAGAAGCAGAAAGAGCUCCAGGAAAAAAUAAAUGGAAAGAUGACAUUACAAGAAUAUAACAUGAUUCACAACGAUGAAGAUGAUGAGGAAUUCUUACAGCGAUACAGGAAGCAGCGGAUGGAGGAGAUGAGACAGCAGUUGUACAGUGGGCAGCAAUUUAAAAAGGUUUUUGAGAUUACCAGUGGAGAAGCAUUUUUGGACACGGUUGAUAAAGAGCAUAAAAGCACACUGAUCAUGAUCCAUAUCUACGAAGAUGAUAUCCCUGGCAGUGAAUCCCUGAAUGGCUGUAUGAUCUGCCUGGCUGCUGAGUAUCCAACAGUUAAAUUUUGCAGAGUAAAGAGUUCGCUCAUUGGUGCCAGCACCCGCUUUACUAAUAACGCUCUGCCGGCUUUGCUGAUCUAUAAGGCAGGUGAGCUCAUUGGCAAUUUUGUGCGAAUCACUGACCAGCUUGGAGAAGAUUUUUUUGCUGUAGACCUGGAGGCUUUUUUGCAGGAGUGUGGUCUGCUUCCAGAAAAAGACCUAGUGCUCCUGACUUCUAUACAUAAUCCAUCUGCAUGUUACAGUGAAGACAGUGAUCUGGAAAUAGACUGAACCACUUAUGCCGACGGGCCAGUAGGUGUAGUUGUACAGUGGGAUGUUGUUGUGCUAGGGGCUGGUUUCUUCCUUUCUUAGUAUGAUUAUACUAUUCUUCCCCUCCAUGCACUUCGACUUUUGCUUGUUAAAAUUUUGUUUAAAAUAAAACAAGGAAUUCCUAACAUUUUCUUAAAUUAAUUCGGUAAAGUACACACUAAAACAGUUUUGCUUUUAUGCAGUUCAAAUGUAUUUUACUAAACCUGAAUUUCUAACACAAUUCAGUAAAUUUAGGAAAUUGUGUAUUGUAUUGUCAUCUCUCAGAUUUUGAAAGCGUUUUGUUCUUGGAUCAGUUGUUUAUAGUCAGUCUCCUUACAGAUUUGCUUAAACAGCGUAUGUGAAUACCAGUUGGAUCAGAAAGUGGGUGCCUAGUCACUAAGACAAACGUGUUUUUAAGUGCUCAAAUCUUUUAUUAACCUGGAGUUGAACUGCUGGCAGUGAAUUAACAGUGCAAGGUCCCAUCUUCCAUUUGUAGUCCCCUUCUUGGAAGUGCCAUUGUUCUAACAAUAGGCAUCAAAUUUUUAUUCUUUUCUCACUUGCAAAUAACAACAGCUCCUGACUUGAUCCUGAAAAUUACUUUUCAGCUGGAGAGGGUUCUUCUUUCUUUAACCUUACCCGACACUUAAAUGAGAAAAUCUUCCUUCUGUUACAGCUCUUAAUGUAUUCUUGGGUUUUAAAAUACCUACCAUUAGUUCGUAGUAGCUACUUCUGCAGAAAAUAAGCUCUGCCUCUUAAGA